CUACGUACGCGCGUGGCAAAGGGAAAAUACGUCAGUGAAUGCAUGAUACCGUAUGGCAGGGUACGAAACCAUGCUGCCAAACAGUAACGGUACUCGUASAUACACUACCGGUAAGAGGACACAGCAAGGACGAUACGUACUCGUACCCGAUGGCAACGGGUGCGAAUUUUUCCUUGAAACAUGAAGUCGUCGUCGUCGAUCUUUUCGGGGAUCAAAAUUCGGUGACAGUAAUCAUCAGUUGUCUUGCCCUCGUAGAUCAUUGUUUGUCCGAGUUUCGAUACCCGCGUCAGAAAAUCGACCAAAACSUACCAACAGCAUGAAGUUCUGCCUCGCCGCCACCCUCGCCGCACUCGCCUCCCAGGGCGCAUCGGCCUUUGCCCCCGUUUCGAAGCCCGCCGUGGCUUCGUCGCCGGCCACYGCGCUUGGCGCCCUCCCGAGCAUCUGGAGCACGCUCGGGAGUUUGGAGGGGCCCAGCGUCUGCUGGGGACCCGAGGGGGUGAUCAUUGGUCACGAGGAGAUCGAGAUCAAGGAAUACGACAACUUCACCAUGUUCCUGGCGGCUCUCAAGCAAAACAACCUCGAGAACAAGCUCAAAGCCAUUGGCCCCUACACGCUGCUGGCACCCACCGACUCGGCGGUCCAGCAAUACAAGGGGGUUCUGGACGAGGAAACCCUAUCGUACCACAUCAUAUUGCAGGAUCUGUACUCGGACGAAUUCGACGGCGAGUUCGAGACCCUGAGCGGCCACAAAGUCACCCUCCGAUACGAAUUCCGAAAGAGCUACGCCGACAACGGUGAGUCCUCUCUCGCCGUGUGGUCUGUCUUGCGCUUGUGUGUUCAUUGCUSGUGCUCUUGGCAACCCAUAUCGCUUUCGCUGCACGUUCCGUUAGAAGAACUAUGGUCGCAGAUCCAAGGCCGUGUGCAUUUUUAUAUUUAGUUUCUUUCUGCGUCCCUGUUUUCGUUGCAUCCGAUUCUAACCCAUAGUUGUUCUCAAACCGCGCCGCGCUCGAUUCUUGCCGACGACCGAAACCAUCCAACUUUCUGGCACCAAUGCAACGCAACAAAAUAACAACGAAACGAAACGAAACGAAACGAAACGAAACAGUCCUCGUGGGCCACGUUGGACAGACCUACGGAACGCCUUAUCCCCUCAACGUCCAGUGCGACAACGGACUCAUCCAUGCCAUCCCCGACGUUCUCACCCCCAACUGGAACCCACCGGGUGCCGAAGACCAACUGACGACGCGACGUCCCGACAUGGACCUGARAAACGGAAUCMUCUAGGCGAUGCCAUCCCCCAGCCGGUUCGCAGUUAGUAGUUCUUUAGACAGAACACAGUACUGCUAUUAGUCUUAGAAAUAAAUGAAURCAUCAUUUCAUUACCUUAACGACCUACCACGRCUUGUUGUUGCAAGCAUCAUGCUUGCUCUCUUCGUUGAAACGCACGUCAUAGGAUGYAUCUUGUUUUGUUGRUAAGAUACUACUAMACCAGGCAAAAGAGGACCGAACAAGAAGAAACGACUUGUUUCACCUUCUCCUCAUUUGCCACCGGCGCCAAUAGUAMUGCAACCACCAAAGUCUUAAAACUGUUACCACUACUAUUAUUUUAGUAUUAUACUACYAGUAUUAGUAMUACCAACAGYUUUUAUCAACUUGUAGUGGAAUUUGUGAARAGACGACGGUAGUGAUUUCUUUACGAAUAGGCCAUCAGUGCAGGUACAUACGAUACGUACCAGGCACUCGUACCUCGCAAUAGUUUUGAACCGAGAAAGAUUCAUUUGCAGACCAGCCGACUUAUCUUAGUGGGGGGGGGGAGGGGGGGGGAACUCGAAAGCGCCUAUGCUAUGUACGGCAACUCGUACCUACAUACUCGUACCGGUUCCUACCCUACGAGUACCGGUACGAGUACCAUGGCGAAUGCAAUCUUCGGCUUGCACGGCGUUCCGCCCUACGUUCCGAGGCCGGCGGUUGGUUCAUACGAGUACGAGAAUAAAAACGUAUGUACAUACGUAAGAUACGUACAUACUUGUACCAGCUGGUGCCCGGUUUGGCAAACCGGGGACUAGGGAGSCGCGCGUGACGCUACGCUAGAUGCCCUCGUACGAUAUCGUACGACACGAUACUGUACCGCAGAGUACGUUUACCAAGUACCCGUACCUAKGGCGCAUUGCUAUUCUAAGAAAAGGACAGAACUUAAAAAAAGUGCAUCAAAUACGGUCCGGGUUAACUCGUACAGUACGAAAGGUACGAGUACCGUACGGUACGGUACGGAGUCGUCCUGAUUCGAAUUCGAAUAGUACUCGUACAGUGUGGAGGUAAGACGAAAGACAAAUCAAAUCAAAUCAAAUAACAAGUGAAGUUCGAAGUAGAAGUACUUCCAACAAUCAAAAAGCACAAACAGAACGAAGAUAAGUCUUGCGGCAUUCCAUCUUUGCAAGCACCUUUCCAACAUCCCGAUAGCCAGUCACGACCGCAAACGUAGCACAGUACAGCACAGCACGGCACGGCACGGCAGGGCAUUGCUCUUCAUUUGCUAGAAAGCAGCAGCAUCGUUCCGAUCGAGCACGGAGUCCUUUCGAUCCAAAAAGACACGAACGAAACGAAACGAAACGAAACGAAACGAAACGAAACGAAACGAAACGAAACGAAACGAGACGAGACGAGACGAGACGAGACUAUACGAGGGCCCACGAACCGAAAAUGGCCCCAGAGAAGGAAUCCCCCUCGCCGUCCUCGCGUGCCCAGCGUGCGCUGCGGAGAAGCGGCAGGAGCGGGGACGGCCCCGGGAGCGACGGUGCGGAUGCCGGUAGCAGCGGGCGCCGCCGCCGGUCCCCCCAGCGGCAGCGGAACCAAGCCGUUCCGUCGGGCUCGGCCUCGUCGGCAAGCCGCGGGAAGAAAAAGUCUCCCACGGCGGCCAAGAAUCCGCCGCGGCGUCGGCAGCAAGCACAAGCGCGAGCGCCUAUUGCCCCGGAGCACAACAGCAGCAACAACAGCAGCAGCAACAACAACAACAUCCUUGGGGCAUUUUACGGCAUGCUGCUCCAGGGUGCUCCCCCCCAGGAAGGGAAUCCGGCAGGGGCCUCCGCGGCGUCCGCCGUCGACAUCGACCUGCAGAAGGCCUCGAAUGUGCUGGAAGCYGCGGCGGGAAACCUGGCCCUCGCGGCCAACCUCUACUGGGACGACUAUUUUGCCACGCAGGCGGCACAAGGCCACGCGAGAGGCCACGCAAAUCCGAAUGCGGGCCGCUCGAACGAGGGCGCGAACCCGGACGGGGAAGGGGAAGACGACCGGAAACCCCCAGCCGCGAUGGAAGACCUCGCGCGGGCCGGUGGGGACGACGACGAGGACAACAACGGGGACAACAGCGGCGAGGACGACGACCGCCACCCGGCCUCCUCGAAGCGGAGGCUCCGCCGGAGCCUCGACCCGGACUUUCAGGCGGCGGACGACGACGAGGACACGAAGCGAAGGAAACGUGCGGCGAAGCGGGCCCGCAGGUCUCUGGAAGGCGAGAACGACCGGGGCGGCGACGGGGAAACCCGGGCCCGGUCCCGGCGGGGCCGCUCGAGGCGCAGGAGGGAGGAGGCCCGCGGGGGGGAGGACCACGACGCGAACGCGAACGCCGGCGGGGAGGACGGGGGGCAAGCUCCCCCCCGCGUCCUGGCCGAGGCGUCCAUCUCGGUCUCGGACGAUGAGCUCCCGGUGGRGCCGGAAGCGAAGCCGAAGCCGAGGCUCAGGCUCAGCCCCCCGUCCGACUACCUCUUUGAACGGCGCAAAUACACCUGGGACCCCGACCGCCACAAGGGAAAGCCCCCGGCCCCGGACCCCCUUGGCAACCCGCACGCUAUCUUUAGCUACAAGGAGCUGGAGGAAGCGGCGGAGGCGGUCCAGAAACAGAUCGACCUCGAGACCACCUUUCUCUCGAGGCCCUCGGCGUGGUUUGUGGGGACGGACAAGGAGAAAAAGCCCCGCGGCAAACACAAGAACCACAAAAACGACGAAUCCCCUGCCGAUCCCGACGACUACGUCAGCGACGACGAGUGGCUCCAGGUGAACGGAAAGCCACUGGCCAGGGACGCCCUUUGGGGGGUGAUCCCCACCGAGGCAGAACCCGCGGCGGAACCGGAACCGAACCAGAACAACGAUAAUGACAACGACAACGACAACGGAGACAACAACGAAGACAACAACCACGACAACAACAACAAUGGCAACGACAACGACAAUAAUGAUAUUAACAACAACAGCAACAACAACAACAACAAUGACAAUAACGACGACGACAAUGACGUCAACUUGAACCGGAACUUGGAGGGAAUCGGAAACGUCGUCGCCGCAGACUUGUCGGGGGGAGAGGAAGACGAGGACAAAGAUAGCGGAAAGGACGCCUCGCUUCCUACGGGGAUUCCAUUUACCUGGCUCAAGUCCGGAUUUCGGUUGUCGGACUGCGGAACGGGCCUCUCGAUUCGYUCCCCGAGGGUGGAAGACAUUGACUUUUUCACCUGGAGGCGSAAGCAGGACAACCACCUCCGCAACGCGGUGCCACCCCCCUACCACUGCAAAUCUCUGACCGCCAUCACCUCGAUCGUCACGGCCCUCCUGUACAGCGGGGCCCGCAUCCGGGGAGACGGGAUCGCCUGUGACAAGGGAAGGAAACCAUGGACCUCCCUCACUCCCGCCGAGCGAAAGCGAAACUUCGAGCCGAGGCUCACCGACGCCCUCUCCGUCCUGAUCCUGGUGGCCGCCAGGRCAUCGCGGAAACGCAAGCAGGAGGCCUACGAGAAGGCGACACAGAGCCCGGAGGGCGGYGAUCCAWCCGAUCCGGCCGAGUAUUCGGAGCUCUUUCGGGAGGCCCUGGUGACGCGAAAACUCAUGCUGGAGGAGCAGGCUCGGGUCAAGAUCGAGGAAGAGAGGAACGUUGCCUACCGGGCCGCUCGGAGRUCGGGCGAGCUCGCGGCAGCGAGGGUAAUCGAGGACGGAGACGCAGACCCGGCCCUGGUGGAGGACGCYUCCCCCUCCAAACAAGAGCCUCCCGGGGCGGAGGCACCGGGUCCUAAGCCCGAGAAGAAGGCUCCGAUCUCCCGCCAAGAGAGGCAGCGGAUGYGCCGGCGGAUCGAUCUCGUCCCCACCUGCGUCUGGGCCAACCCGACUGCCGCUUCGGCUACCCGCGGGGGGGACGAGGGGCCCUACAACACUAGGGUCCGUGUCCGGACCACAUGGACGAAUCUCGAGGACAUCCGCCUCUACGUUUCCAGCAACAUCAAGACCUUUACCRAGAACGGGGGGAUUGCCCUAUUUCUAGAAACCAUCGUGCGGAUCCACGGAAACAAGGUCGUGGCCCGGCAGCUCGACCGUUGUGCCUCCGUUCAAACCUCUCGGCUUCCGGCAGGAAAGGAAAACGCGGAACCGUGUCCGCGGAAGGCGGAACCCCUUUCCCCUGCGGCCGGAAUGGACACAAAGGAAACCGGUGCCACGGCGGUUUGCUCGUCCACCCCUUCCGGCGGAGGCCGCUCCCUAAUCCGCUGYACCUGUGAGGAACGCUCGAGGAAGAGUAACGAGGAAAAUCCAAURCCCCUGAACCUCCGGAUCGACCCCAACAACCUUCUGGACACGACCCCCGACGGAACCGGGUGCGCCUCGGUGGAGCUCCUGAAUCUGCUGCUGACGGGCAGGGCCCGGCCCGACUGGAAGGACUGCWCCGCGGGGGAACUCGGGAUCGGCCUUCUGACCAGCUCGGCCGGGGAGGUCGGGAGGGCCAUGUCCCGGCCGGAGCGGCCCGUGUGGCUGGUCAAGGGGGAGGCAUCCUACUCGGUGCUGGUCAUCGAGGGAGGCUGGAGCCGGUCCGGAAAAGAAUCCCCCGGGGGAGCGGGGCCGAUCCCGGACACCAUCUCGAGGGUGGACCGGCCCGGCAUGGCCCUGGGCCUCCUGCACUGGAACGGGUGGUACGGRCAGCGCGGCAGGACGAGGAUGCGGCUGGUCGCGGCCGAGCCGCCGGCGGAAAUCCCCUCUAGGGCCGUCCURGAGGCGAAAGAGAAGGAGCRGCGGCUGGAGCAGCUUCCAACACCCUUUCCGGCCCUUCGCGGGAAGCCRCACAAGGGCACGGCCUCCCGSCUGAUGGAGCACAGGCGCUAUGAGCGCCUGGUGGACCUCGUCGGCGAAGGGGAACACGAAUCGAGCCGGGCCGUGCAGAACGAACGACCGAUCUCGCGGUCCGAGCUGGACCGCAUCGAAAUCUGCCGGGAGGACGAGGCCCUGUACCCCAACAACCACAAGAUGUGGCGGUUUGCGAUGGGAGCGGCCGACGAAUCAGCCACCAAAGAGCAAGAGGGGCUUCCCCCCUCUUCCUCCACCGACCGCUGGACCCCCUACUACCGGCUCUCACCACGCCAGAAACGCCUGGUUGAGGCCAGGCUCGGCCCGAAGAUCCGGGGCAUUCUCUGGACUCGGUGGCCGACGGCGGUCGUGGACCAUUUCUCGCCGAGCGAGGGAGGCUUUCCGGUGGUGUAGGGGCACCGAGGAAGGAUCAAGAAGAAAUCCAACGGAASCAGGAACGACAAGGCAGAGGCUUGCGUUUCGGACCAGGGCGGAGCCCGUUACAGCGAAAGGGCUCGAAUCCAAUGCCUCCACACGAAUGGAAGAAGAAAAAGCCAUACAUUGUGGCGAAAUAAAAGAUCUAUGAAUAGUAGUUUGCCUAUCCAUAAAGAUGCAAAACUAUU